AUGUACAAACUUUUGGACCAGAACAAUGCUCAAAAAUGCAAUAGUUUUCGUUUUUUCUUUGUCACUCUCUUCGUCACCUCGCUUUUACUCGUCUAUUUUUUGUUUGCUGAAGAAUUCGAAACGACAAACUUCCCAUUUGAAAGUUCUCUUUUAACAGGAAUCAAAAACAGGAGUCGUACGGGUCCUGAAGUGAAGUUCGUCGAAAUCUCAACCGGAAAUUUUGCAUUUUCUGCUGUUAUUGAUCAAAGAGAUGCAGACGAUGAGGAGCCUAAACAAGCAGAACCAGAACUGGAGUCCAUCCGCCGAUCACAAAUCCGUGUCAUGAUGGCCGUCACAAAAUCAUCCAAUUUUUCCUGUCAAUUUGCAGAUGGUUUAAAAAUACCGGGGAAAAUGCUCGAAAUUGGCAGUGGAGUUGGCUAUUUGAAUUGUUUAGCUCCGAAAAAUAUCUCUCUCGAAAGUAUUGACGAAAUAACGAUUUGUGAUGACACUCUUCAAAAAUCAGCCAUUGUGCCAAUCUCCUAUCGAAUACCGAAAAAGACGAUUUCUUUUGAUCAAACUUUCGCCAUUUGUGUUCCAUUAAUAUUCGGAGAAAAAUACACAGCGGAACAUUUUGUGGAAUUCGUCGAAAUGAAUCGAUUAUUGGGCGUUGAACAGAUUUCUAUCUACACCAACGGCUCGCUGGAUUCCAAACUGAAAGUGGUGAUGGAAAAAUAUUCAAAUCAAGGUUUUCUUGAAGUCAUUUCAUUUUUGAGGCCAUUCAACGAUGAUAAAGUAUACUAUUAUGGACAACAUUUCACGAUAGCCGAUUGUCUUCUCCGGCACAUCGGCAGAACGGAGUUCGUGGCUCUGCAAGAUUUGGAUGAGUUUGCUGUUGUCAAAGUUGAUGAGAAUUCAAGUUUUUCUUCACCGCCAAAUAGAUUGACUUUUCUUCCCGAGCUCUUCUCCAACGACAAAACGGCCGCAAUACAGCUCAAAAUCGACUACAUUGUGGAAAAUAAAAGCGAAUUACCAUUUACUCUCAACAACCACGAGCAGAUUUAUUAUGAAGGGAGAACGCAAUACUACAGCUCGAAAUGUAUCGUCAGACCGCAUUACUUUCUGACACAGAAUGUUCAUUAUCCAAUCGAUCAUGCUCGAAAAGAUUAUCGAACAGAUUUGAGUCGUACGGGUCCUGAAGUGAAGUUCGUCGAAAUCUCAAUCGGAAAUUUUGCAUUUUCUGCUGUUAUUGAUCAAAGAAAUGCAGACGAUGAGGAGCCUGAACAAGCAGAAUCAGAACUGGAGUCCAUCCGCCGAUCACAAAUCCGUGUCAUGAUGGCCGUCACAAAAUCAUCCAAUUUUUCCUGUCAAAUGGUU